AUAGCAUUUCACAAGCUCCGGAGAAGCUUUUCAACCCUUUCCCUUCAUCAGCCGGACGCUUUCGUCCCGGCGGUUUUCUUCCUCUGCGUGAACACCGUGGCCCCCCCCCAGCUCAUCAUCAUCAGGCUCUCGUCCACCACCUCCCAGUCCUCGGGGCAGGGGAGUCGGUGUGUGAACGUCACGAAGAUGCUCCCUCGGCGCAUGCCGGCCGCCUGGGAGGCCAGGGCCUGCAUGAGGCCGGCAUCGAAGCAGGUGGAGUUGGCGAGGCAGACGUCGGCCUCCCGCGGCCAGUCGCACAGGUUCGAGUCCCGGAAGUCCCCCCGCACGAACUCCACGCGCGUGGCCCCCAGAGUCUGUCGCCCAUGCGUCGCCCCGGCCUCCCUUCCCUCUCCCUCUUUGUUGUCGACGUGUCCGCGGACGGCAGCCUCUCCCUCUUUGUUGUCGA